AUGGGAAAGGCAUCCAGAGUACCUGCUAGAGUGUGGAAAAGUGUCUGUGACAAGCCUCUGGUAAAUAGAAAAGAGUUGUCUCACUUAAACAACGGGGACACUACACGGUUACCGUUACGUAGUUUCGUUAGGAACUUGGGCGGCAACAGUAAAGUGUAUAAACGUAUUAAGAAGGACGAGAAUCAUCACGAGUUUCGUAUUAGGAAUGUUCUAGAUCAAUCGUCAGGGACUCUAAAAUCUUCGGAGCAAUGCUAUUCUAUUAGUGAGCUAAUUACCACAGCCGUUAUUGACCGUAAACGUCGCUUGGCACCGGCGAUCUCCACAGUUCAAAGAAAAGGAAUCGCAGUUUUGCCUGUGACGUUGCAAUCCGUUAUAUUCCGAUUUGACACAGAGUGUAAGCUUCGCCGACAUAUCACGCCGCGAGAAAUAAUUUGCGGGGAUCGUAGCCUUGGAAACAGCUCGGAGGAAAUUUUAUCCAUUGGUCCAGUUUACAGUAAUAAGAGGUUAAAAAUGUUGAAACUUGACACAGGGAGGACCAUUUUGAUAUCGCCUGAUAUGUGUAAUACAGGUAUGAUUCAUUCCGGAAACCGAAUAAAAAUAGAUAACUCGUUAACGUUCGAGUUGUAUGAGGGAGUUUACUGGUGUUUGCGAUGGUUUAAGGUCUAA